AAGAUUCGCUGUGUUCGAAACAUUGAAGCGAGCUCUGCUAAAGCCAACGACAUGUCGCGGUCCAUCAAGCUCAUCGCUGCAAUCUUUCUGCUGCUCCUGGUUGCGCGAGCGGAAUGCCAGAGGUGUACGCCGUCGAGCAUCAGCGUCGAGCAGACCAACACCGGGAAGAAGGCGGGCGGGAUCGACACGGUGUUUCAGGUGACGGUGACCAACCGGUGCCGGUGCGCCGUGAACAACGUCUACCUCCGGUCCAACGGCUUCUCGAGCUCCACCCCUGUCGACCCCAAGAUCUUCCGGCGGGCCGGCUCCGGUUACCUCCUCGGCGACGGGCAGCGGAUCCCGAGCUCCAAGUCCGUCACCUUCCAGUAUGCUUGGGACCAUUACUUCAAGAUGGCGCCGGCGAGUGUGCAGGCCCAGUGCUAGGCUUUAUGUGGCUUCUAAAAUGAAGGCCUUUUUGGAUCACGAAUUUAGAGUUUGCAGGUUAGAAUAAAGUGGCUUCAAUCUAUAUCUGUAAUCCAAAUUAUAUUAAGAACAGACAGCUGAAUCAAAUACUCGCAAUGUUUCUAUAGCUCGAUCACCAAAAAUUUCUGAAGCUGUAGAGGUGACCUUGGACUGGAGCUCUACCAAACAUGCCAUAUACUGUAUUGCUGUAGAAGCUGCCUACAGUAGUCAAAAUGAAGAGUUACA